AUAUCGAGAAUGAACAAGAUUUUGAUUGUCUUGUUUUUCGUUGCAGCUGCAGUGGCAUUUGAGGCAAGACCGAGCAGAAUCUUCAAGGAGAGAGUUCGCAGCCAACAAGCAUUGACUACUACUCCAUCUUCAGAAGAGCACGAGGAUCAUGAAAGUCAUGAAAUGCCUGAUAUGCCUGUUAAGAAGGACGAAGUGAUGGGAAGCAUGGAUACGUUGUCGUCGCUUGCAAAAGUUCAAAGAGAUCAAGCCGAGACAUUCCGCAUGUGGUCAACUCAGUUCCGUACUUUCAAAUCCAGCGUUAUGAAGUACAUGGAACAAUCCAGCGAUUUGCUUCAAAAACACGAGAAAAAGAUCCAAACUCUUCAGAGAGUUGCCAGUAAACUCCACGAAGAUAUUAAUCAUUGAUUUGACUCUGUUUUGCUUUUUUUUCAUAAUAAAAUACACAUAAAACGAAU